AUGUUCAUAAAGUUAAUAUGCACGGCCAAAAGGCUAGAGAAAAAAAAGUUGGAUUUGUUGCAAGAGAAGCAUGGCGCGUGGAAUCAGGCCCAGGACAAAGAGGCGGCCUUUACUCUGGGUCAAAAGUACAGAAGGCGAAUGGUCGAUUUGAGACGACGGUGCACCAGAUGCUGCAGCUUCCCAAAACACUCCUUCCUCUAUCGACGAUGCUUCAACCUGCGACGCGACGGCACCUGCGAGAAUUACACGGCGAAAAGCGUGGCCGGUUUCUUCGGCGGUUUUUGUCUAACCUACGUCUUCUUCAUGUUCUUCGUGCUGCAACUGAAUUUCAAGCUGUCCACUGCGACGAUCAUGUGCUCCAUCUUCGGCAGCAUUCUCACGAUCGGCCUGGCCUUCAGCUUCAAAGUUCGAUGCAUUGUGUUCCUCGUGUUGCCACAGUUCUUUUCGAAGAAGGGAAGACAGGCCCUUCUGGCAUACGCCUUCAUACUUGCCAUCACAGGGCCCGCUAAAAAUACCUUGAACAACAUGAGCAUCCUAGGAGAAUCGAUGGCCUGCGGACAGGAACAACUUAAAGCGGCGGUGAGGCAAAUCCUGGAAGUUAUCAAGAAACCCUUCUAUGCCAUCCGCGACGCGAUAAAAGCAGUUGUGAAGACCGUAAAAGAAAUAGUGGUUAAAAUCAAAGAAAUACUGCUAACUAUAAAAAGGAUCAUCAUGUCCUUGAUUAAAGUCAUUAAAUCAGCAUUCGAAUUCAUCGCAAACAUAAUGAACUUUUGCAACAAGGAAAUUGGCACACCUUACCAACGGUGCAAGAGCGCUUUCGAAGACGCCAUCACGGAUUGUAACGCAAAGCUGGGACCUCUUUUCAACUGGUUAUGCAAUAUAACUUACUUAGUGAAAAGCGUCUGUUACAUUGUUAAACUGUUGGACUACGUAUGUAUGGUUGUCGAUUUCAUCAAGGACACCGUCAGUACAAUACUCUUAAGAGUAAAGCAAUUUGUUCGUCAUAUAAGAACAAUGUUUUACGUUCGCAUCAAGUUUUCCCACUCUUUCCAUUAUGAAUCUAAUCAUUCCAAGUCGAUGACGGACAUUACUACCGGCAUCGUCACUGAACUAAAGCAACGCACUUCCGGUUUGAUUCGCAUCUUCGAUUUCAUGAGCUGCGCCGCGAGUCUUUUCUUCAUUUUUAUGGUGUUCAAAGUAAUAUACUAUCGUCAUAAGUUUUUGACCAACGAAAGAUUUGAUAAUAAAUUCAUUACCGAUGAUUUUCGAAAAAUCGACUUGAGGCGCGCUCAGAUGGGAUUAGAAACGGUGCUGCCAUUGAAUCACAGAGAGCGCCAGCAAUAUAUAACGACAAGUUCCGUCCGAUUAAUAACCAAAGAGAAAUCGCAACUCUCCCAAUCAACUAUGGUUCUACUCAUGGCCAGCAUGAAACUAUUGACUCAUAUGGCAACCGAUUAUUCUCUCUAUUGGAUCAUGACUUUGAUCAGAUACUACGGCAGAUUUCAAUCGAAGAUUGAAGCUCCUAAUGUUCCAACGUUGAAAAUUCAGGGCGAGGGUUUCCUCGCCAAAUUGCUUAAAGGAAUUGUUAAAGCAUUCCAGCCAAUUGGAUUAAAUUUGGAAGUCGAUACAAUUCCAUGUCUUCCUGAUCCAAUUCCACCGGAUUAUGAUAGAUAUAUACAAAUUGCAUCGCUUUUAGUAUUGUGCUGGUUUUUAGCGCUAUUUGAACCGUACGGUCUUCGCUUUAGGCAUUCUGUUAUGUGUUUUUAUCAUCCUCAAAGAGCUCGGGAGAGAUCUAUUUGGCUUUAUAAUAAUAUCUUGAGAUCCAGAUCAUCAUUUCUAAAGUUUGCCAGAAGACAGUUACGUAGAAAAGUAAAGGGCGACAAGAGAAUUACGAAGAUCACUUGUAUGGAAUAUCUAAGGGCUAAUUUAAAGUGCCGCAUAUGCCGGUGGAUUUUAGGUGAAGGCAAACAGGAAGCUUGUCUUUUGUGCGGUGAGGUUUUCAGAGAAGGAGUUGGAAAGAAGCCGAUCAAAUGCCAAACGCCGGAUUGUCCUGGUAUUUACUGUGAACAAUGUUUUGCUGACUUGCAGAAUUUGUGCACCGUCUGUUUAGAUCCGAUACAGUACGGAGAUAUAUCUGACAUUAGUGAAGAAAAAGAUUCUUCAGAAGAUGAUGAAAAACAAAGAAAGAAAGUGGAUAGAAAAAAGAAGUUUAUAAAGAGAAAGCAGGAGGAUUUCCACGAUGACAACGAUGAAGAUGAUUAUGAUGAUGAUCGAGGCGCUUUAAUAAGAAAAACUGAAAAAGAUUUGGAUUAUUUCAGUUCCCCGCCUGAAUCAAGUGGCAAUGAAACCGAUUACUCGUACACUUAUCAGACCAUCAAAGAUAUUACAAAACCGUCGGGAGAUUAUAGAAGAGAUCACUUCAAAGAUCUGGAAGAACAAGGACUUCCGAAUCAGGCAUCCAUGGACGAUUUUCAUGGCGAUACAACUGAUAUAACAACUGAUUUCGAUUCGUCAUCUAGUCACAUAACUGAAUUUAAAAGCCCGAGUUCGCUGCAGCACUUGAACACCUCGAUACGUCCGACAUUGAACGACCACGGAUCAAAGUUGUCUUUAUUAAAUUCCUCUCCGAGCCAAAAUAGCGUUACAACACCAACAACUUCGCUCGUGCAGGAGGAAAUUUCUUCUCAUCCGCAGGAUGAUCUAACAAUGAUAAAUCUAUUUGCUAAACGAACAAACUCCAAAAUUUCCACAGAGAGUAUUGCAAUGGAAGAAAUCCCAACAGAUUCAACAAUGCAGGGAACAUCGGUACGUCAACCUCUUUCGUCGCAUACAGAAACCACCUUUAUUUUAUCUCCAAGGAGAUACGGUUCGAACAGCAAUUUGUCUUCCACUGGAAGAACAUCAAGAGAAUUGAUUUCAAAAACCAGUUUAAUAACGGAAUUGGAGAAUGUUCGUGAAGCAAUUCAUGCGAAUAUCACAAAACAAAUUUUAAGCAGGAAAAGACCAGAAAUACCAAUGCAGGGUGUUAAACAUCCGUAUGAUGGUCUUUCCGAACUUGAUUUCGGACGUGACCAUCCAGACGUUCCUAACUUAAAUUUAGAAUUCUUGCAAGUGGAUGAAAACACUGGAACAGUCAAAACAUGCUGUUGCACGAAAAGACACUAUUGCAACUGUAAAUACUUUAAGAAUUCUGUUACAUAUAGAAUAGAUAGCGACUCGUCGAGGAACGGAGAAAGUAGUUCUUUCAUUACAGAAAUCCUAUCACCGAAAACAAAUUUGAAAACACCAAAGGAUGAUAAUUCCGUUAUAGUCUCGUCAAUAUUAAAAACAAAGAGAAAUCCUACAUUCACAGUUCAACAGGCUAUAUCUCCAAUAAGUAUAGAGCCUGGCGAUAGUCCCAUAACAUCAACAUAUCCAGAGAGCUACUCGGAUAUCCACAGGGAAGUAAGAUUUGUUCAUCCUGAAAAAUCUGCAACUACUUCCAGUAGCACAUCAACUUACAUCACAGAUCCUUACGACUUUGGCGUGGAUCCAAUCCUAGAACCAAUAGCUACAUCAUCGUCCAGCAACUACUUCGAGGAAGGUCUACGGCAAAGGCGAAUGACUACUAAAGAUGAACUAUAUAGACAGAGGAUUAAAGAUUAUUACAGAAAGUUAAAAUAUGAUUACGUUCGCUAUUAUGAGCCACCGCCAAUGAAAAUGAAUCCUAUUAAAAAGUUCAUUAAUCUAUUUAGGAAAAAAAAUAAAAAGUUGUAUUCCUAG